AUGCCCCUGGACAUGACCUGCAAGCCCUGGUACAAAGACAAGCUCCCCUCCAAGUGUUUCACAAAGCACAAGAAGAUGCUCCCGAAGUUCCCCACCCCCCUGGACAGCCGGCGGUGGAUAUUUGUGGAAGAGCUGCUGGAUGACUUCCGGAAGGGCUGCCCACCUUGUGAAGAUAUGAUCACUCGCAGCCCUAAGGAGGGCUUCCUCCCCGGGAUUGCUCACAGAGUUCCCCAGCAUGCCCCCAAAAGGAGGCAGAAAAAGCUGCCCGAGGAAGCAGACCCGUUUUCCACGCUCUCGCCAGCCCAGCUAGCCCAGAAGGCAUUCGUGGAGAACAUCGAAGCCCACCUGACCAAGCAUCCCUUGGCUCUCUACCCGCAUCUGGAGGAAGAUCUACCUGCAGACCUCUUAUUAAAGGUGCUAGAAGUGCUCGAUCCUGACGGGAAGCUGGAGGACACAAGGGCUUACUGUCAGGGCCCCAGGAAAAGAACAAAGUCCCCCACAGAGCUUCGUAAAAAACGUCCUGCCAAGGUCUACCUGGAACCUCCAAAGAAGGCCCCUGGGUCACAUCCAGCCAGUUUGCAUCACGAAGACAAGAAGUCAAGCAGAAAGGAUUCACUCACGGAUCCUCCUGUUCACAGAGAAGUACCGAAAGCAAUUCGUAAAUCCUUCAAAUGGGUUGCUGCUUUUGGAAGCUUGGGCACUGAUGAAGAGCUCAUCACGAAACCGUGUGAGGUUGGCUGUGAGUGGCCACCAGCCCAGGAUACAGUCUACAUGAAGAAAGUAACCCAGGUCCCUUCAAAGGCCAAGUUGUGGGAAAAGCUAGUAAAUGACGAACCUUCAACUGACCCCAACGUCUUACUUGAAGAUGGGAGUUUCAGAAAGAAGCUUCCUGAACACGACAUUCUUGAAGAUCCUUAUGGAACAAUAGCAUUGAAAGAUUUCAUUCUACGCAAGGGCUACAGGAUACCAGACAUCCUUGAGAGGCUGUUCCUCAGGAAGGGAUGGAAAUAUGAUUCUGUUAAGACUCCUAUACACAAAGUAAUAAAAAUCAGCCAAAAUGGAGAUGAUGCACGGGAAGAUGUUUAG